AUGAGACAAGACGGGAAUUUUCGUCGACUGGAAUAUGCUGCACCAACCUCUAAGCAGCGUAGGAAAUAUAAUCUAAAGAAAAACAUCCGGAUAAAACGGAACGGGUGCUUUUCUAAUACAUACGAAUCUAUAACGCAGAAUGGCUCGGUUGGUGCGACACUGCUACGCAACUUGGGAAGGAUCCAGAAAAGAGUAUUGGGGAAAGGUUCAUUGAAUCUCAUCAGAAAUGAAGAGUAUAUAUCUGAUUUAAUAAACAACAC